AUGUCGUUCAAGGGGACUUCGUUAUGCGGGCUUAUCCUAAUCAUGGGGACAUUGUUUCAAGAAAUUGGAACAUUACCGGUUGAGGAAGGACAAACUCAACUGCUGAAGAAUAGCACUUCAUCGUUUGCCGCUGAAGAAACGUUAUCGGCACCCAGAAAUGGAUCACUAUCAUUACUUGCUAAUGAAACACUAACAUCGCUCGCCGAGGCACAUCUAUCAUCGUCCAUAAGUGAAGCACCAUCACCCGCUGAUAACGAAGCACUAUCGCCGAGUGUCAACGAAACUCUACCAUCACUCUCUAAUAAAACAGUAUUGUCACCUGCUGAAGAACCAAUAUUGCCAUCCAUUAACGAAACACUGUCGCCGAAUGCUAACACGAUUCUACCAACACUCUCUAAUGAAACACUAUCGUUACCUGCUGAAGAACCACUAUUGGCAUCCAGUAAUAAAACACUAUCAGCGGCCGAGAACAAAACACCAUUAACAAGUGCUAAUGAAACACUAUCAUCUAAUGGAACACUAUCAUCUAAUGGAACACUAUCAUCUAAUGGAACACUAUCAUCUAAUGGAACACUAUCAUCUAAUGGAACACUAUCAUCUAAUGGAACACUAUCAUCUAAUGGAACACUAUCAUCUAAUGGAACACUAUCAUCUAAUGGAACACUAUCAUCUAAUGGAACACUAUCAUCUAAUGGAACACUAUCAUCUAAUGGAACACUAUCAUCUAAUGGAACACUGUCGCCACCCCUUAACGAAACACAAUCAUCUGCAAAUGGAAGACUGUCAGCAGCCGCUAAAAGAACAUUAACAUUACCUACGAUCGUAUAUGGACCAAUAAAUCAGCAAUUGGGAAAUAAAUACCUGCCUGCCGAACAAGGUCAGGACUCAAAUGAUGAACCACUUGCUCCAGGAUCUCAAAUCAUCUAUGGAUCUACAACCUCACAAAAUAACAACAGGUACAUGACUAUUGGACAAGCUGAACACGUUUACUUAAUGGUACCUGCCAUCAAUGAACCAUUGCCUAUUUCUGUUCCUGGACUUUCUAUGGUACAAAAUGUUAGCACGAAUGACUUGAUAUUCGACGUAAAUGAUCCAAUGGGCGAACGUAUCCAAAAUUUGACAACUACAUUCAACGCCUUCCAGCAAUCAUUUGACCGUAUUGUGCGUUUAGCAAGUCCGUUCCUCACCGACAAAGAAAUCAAUCCAUUGCUGCGGAAAAGUGCCAAAGAUGAUUUCAUUCGACAAAUGAUAGAGAUUGAAUGGCUAACCACGGUCACCUCGCACAGAAUGAAGUUCAUCGAACUGUAUAAACUACUUAGCUCCACGUACAACAAACUUAAAUUGAAAUCAAAAGUCACUUCUGAAGAUUUAGAUGUUGCCAAAGCGAAAAAACGUCUUUUGGUUCAUUCUGAAAAAAAGUUGAAGAAAAAAACUCAAGAUUUUGUUGUGUAUGUACUUUCAAAGUAA